CCACCAUUUCCGACACACACACACACAUAUACACACAUCCGAGGCAAGCUCAAACUUGGAACACGGUCUGGCGGGGUCACUCCAAGUCACAAGCACCAGCAAGUCCGUGCCACCAGCCUCCGUCGUCAUACCCCAUCCAAACACAGCAACACAACACAACACGCUUCAACAUGAUGAAGCUGUAUUGCUCGGUGCCGGCCGAUGGACCACGGCUGGUGGGAUGGGUGGGUGUGCUGCUUUCUCUUGAUAUGGUGUGUGUGUGUGUAUGUGACCCCUCCCCCCCAAGACCAAGACGCUUCAGCUUACUGGCCGGCCCUACAAGUCGGUCGCAGAAUGGGUCGCGGGUCAGCAGGACACUGUGGUUGCUCGGAGCGUUGCGUUUAUUCCUCCUCACUCCCCUCUAAGCGCCGUGCGUGGCAGAUGGCACGUUUGAUAGGGUGGCAACGAGCAGCUCUUGUUUGUUUUCGAACGGUGACUGACGUGAUGAAAUGCGUGUCUUUGUGCAUUGCAUCUGCAUGCCUGUGGUGGGGUCAUGUACUACUUACUGUACUGUCCUGUCCAUCCACACCCACACCCUCACUGCACUAAGCUCGUCGUACCCCACCCAGCGAGGGCAAUGUUAGCCAAACAUGACCUUGUCUGGUCUCCAACAAUUCCAUUAAUCAAUCAUACUCGACCAACCCCCUGCGAAGAGAAUCACGAGUACGAACCAUGCUAUUUCCAUUCUCCACGGUAGGCAUGAUGUUCGUAGAGUCCAAUCUCUCUGCAUUGAUCAUCACCACCAAUCAAGUAGUUGGAUCAAUGGAGGUGGAUGGCUUACUACAAAAGGAUGCAGUCUGUAUUUCCGCUCCGCUUCCACCCCCUCAAAACGGACAAGUGCACUCCUCGACAAUUCCAAGCGGCGGGCCGUCAGCCAUUCCACGUGCCGUCGGCGUAUUCGUAUGGGGUUAGAUGCUACACACGUCUUACAUACAUCCUCCGUGCCUCUCUUCCCUCUUCGUCCCUCUUGCCCCUCACCACCCAACCGCGGGAAAAGUCCUUCGGGAACCGACAUCCAUGGUGCAAUGCUCGCGAGUCUCGGCCCGAACAAGCUGAUCCUAGUGUAGUGUGUUAUACGGCUGUACCUUUUUCUUCUUCUACUGCUUCCUCUUGCUUAUCACCCAAUACCCUUUGUACGCCGCACUUGUGUCGCCAUUUCACCGCCAACAUGAUUAUUUUAGGCAUGCCGUCCCUCUGUCCAUCUAUAGACCCGCCCCCAGACUUACUGUGUACAUAAUGCAGGUGAGUCUGACGGCACAUACCCAUGCGGCUUGGUUGGAAAGGGAACAAACACAGUUUCCUAAUAUAAACCGCCCCUCUUCGCUGGGCCAAGAUUGCCCGUCGUACAUGCAAUGUAAUUUUUCCGCUUCCGUCGCACACAUAUACAUGCACUCACCCUUUCGAAUACUUCCACCCUUCGUCCU